AUGUUUGAAUCAAUUGGUGAUAUUUUUGAUGAUUUUGAUUACCGUAAGUGGCUGAGAUUAGUAAUCAUUGUUGGUGGGUAUAUAUUGAUUAGGAAUUUAGCUCAAAGAGAAUUGGCUAAGAGAAAGUUAGCUAACCAAAUCAAGGAAGAUAAGAGGUUGAAGAGUGAGCAGAAUAUGGAGAAGUAUCUGGAGGAUCCUGAGGAGGAGGAGAAGGCUUCAGCUGCAGCUUCUGGGUUUGGCUGGGGGAAGAAGACUAGAGUUAGAGUUAAUAAGCAACAGAAAGCUUUUGAAAAAGCUGUCGAUAAGUUACAACAACAACAAAAGCAGCAACAGGGUAUUAGUGGAGGAUUCGAUGAUGAUUCCGAUAUUCAAGACUUAUUAGAGGAUUGA